ACCAAUACCAAUGUCGAACCUCCAAGCUCUUUUCCAGCCUCUCAAACUCGGCCCCAUCACGCUCAAGAACAGGAUAUUCAUGUCCGCCUUGACGCGCAACCGCGCCGUGCCCACGAACGUUCCCAAUGAUCUCAACGCCGAGUACUACCGACAACGCGCAGCGGGAGGCGCUGGGCUGAUUAUCACCGAAGGCGUUCUCAUCGCUCAACAAGGGACGGAAUGGCAGAACGCUCCUGGUCUCUGGGUUCAAGAGCAGGUCAAGGGGUGGAAGAAGGUCACUGACGCUGUACACGAAGAGGGAAGCGCCAUCUUUGCUCAGCUAUGGCAUGUCGGACGUGUAAGCCACCCCGACGCACCCGAGCAAAUCGCCUCAGGACAGCCCGUCUAUGCACCCUCAGCAAUCUCCGCCCGAGGAGGCAAAUUCCGCUUCCUCCCUGGCGAGCCAGGCUAUGUCACCCCCACCGCCAUCGACGACCCCCGGACUCUCCUCGCGCAGUGGAAACAAGCCGCGGUGAACGCGAAAGAGGCGGGCUUCGAUGGCGUGGAGAUCCACGGGGCGAACGGGUACCUCGUCCACCAGUUCCUCGAUAGCACGGCCAACCACCGGACGGAUCAUUGGGGCGGGAGCGUCCAGAAUAGAGCUCGGUUCGCUUUGGAGGUCGUCAAGGCCGCGGUAGAGAUCUGGGGAGCAGACAGGGUUGGGAUCAAGUUAAACCCGGCGGGAGGGUAUAACGAUGUUGGAAUGCCGCUCAAAGAAACCGUGGACACGUUCAGCUACCUCAUCUCGGAACUUGACAAGCUCGGGAUCGCCUAUGUUGCGCUCGUGCGAUACGCAGAGCAGCUGGAUCCUGUUAUUGACGGUGCCCGGCGUGGAACGAAGCAUGAUAUCCUCAGCACGUAUGCGCCCUUGCUGAGGAACCCUGCUACAAGGGUGUUUGCGAACUCGGGCUUUACAGGGGAGGAGGCCGCGCGGUAUGUUGAGGAUGGCAAGGUCGAUGGAGUGUUCUUUGGUAUUUUGUGGGUGGCGAACCCGGACUUCGCGAGGAGGGUGGAGAAAAGCGUCGCGCUGGAAGGAAAUAUUGAUUUUGCGUCAUUGUUUGGGCAUGGAGGUGUAGAGGCAGAUGAGAGGAAGGGGUAUGCUGACUAUCCUGCGGCGACGUUUUAG